AUGCUGUUCGUUUUUGAAAUGAGCGAAAACGUGAAUGGGGGAAACAAUGAGUUAGUUCCAGUCCUCAAAGAAGAAGUUGUCUCAAUUUAUAAUGAAAACUUCACUGACAUUCCCAAGGACAGGGAGCCAUAUUAUGUUAAAGUUCAACGAUGUGUCAUCGAAAAAGAUAAAAUUCCUAAAUGUGCAUAUUGUUGGCCCCAGCCAAAUACGACGAUAAAAGUCGAGAUUGUCGUUCCUGAUUUAAAAAACGACACAAAAUUUUACAAAUAUAUUGUAUAUAAUAAAACUUCUUGUUACAUGAGUACAAACUUAACAGCCUUGAACUUUCAUCAACACAAGAAUCUAUCUUCAAACGAAAUUAACGAAACAGAAUUUACAACAAAAGUAAAACACAAUCCACCAAACGUGAGAACAUGUAAUGACUAUUGCAAGCAUCCACAACCUCGUUUUCAUCUACACAGUGAAUAUACAAAGAUUCAACAAAAAACACAACGAACAUCAAAACACAAACCCUAG